AUGCCGCCGCUCCCGGCGCCGCUGCUCUGCCUGGCGCUGCUGCUGCUGCCCGCGCUCGCCGCCAGAGGUCUGAGAUGCUCCCAGCCCGGUGCAACCUGCCUGAAUGGAGGGAGGUGUGAAGCCGCCAACGGAACCGAGGCCUGCGUCUGCACGGGGGCCUUUGUGGGCCGGCGGUGCCAGGACCCCAACCCGUGCCUCAGUGCCCCGUGCAAGAACGCCGGGACCUGCCACCUGGUGGACCGCGGGGGCUCGGUGAACUACGCCUGCAGCUGCCCCCUGGGCUUCUCCGGGCCCCUCUGCCUGACGCCCCUGGACAACGCCUGCCUGACCAACCCGUGCCGCAACGGGGGCACCUGCGACCUGCUGCAGCUCACGGAGUACAAGUGCCGCUGCCCCCCUGGCUGGUCAGGGAAGUCCUGCCAGCAGGCUGACCCGUGUGCCUCCAACCCCUGCGCCAACGGCGGCCAGUGCCUGCCCUUCGAGGCCUCCUACAUCUGCCGCUGCCCGCCGGGCUUCCACGGCGCCACCUGCAGGCAGGACGUGAACGAGUGCAGCCAGACGCCGGGGCUGUGCCGCCACGGGGGCACGUGCCACAACGAGGUGGGCGGCUACCGCUGCGCCUGCCGGGCCGCCCACACCGGGCCCCACUGCGAGCUGCCCUACGUGCCCUGCAGCCCCUCGCCCUGCCUCAACGGCGGCACCUGCCGCCCCACCGGGGACGCCACCCACGAGUGCGCCUGCUUGCCAGGCUUCGCCGGCCAGAACUGUGAGGAAAACGUCGACGACUGUCCCGGAAACAACUGCAAGAACGGGGGCGCCUGCGUGGACGGCGUGAACACCUACAAUUGCCGCUGCCCCCCGGAGUGGACAGGCCAGUACUGCACGGAGGACGUGGACGAGUGCCAGCUCAUGCCCAACGCCUGCCAGAACGGGGGGACCUGCCACAACACCCACGGCGGCUACAACUGCGUGUGCGUCAACGGCUGGACGGGCGAGGACUGCAGCGAGAACAUCGACGACUGCGCCAGCGCCGCCUGCUUCCACGGGGCCACCUGCCACGACCGCGUGGCCUCCUUCUACUGCGAGUGCCCCCACGGGCGCACCGGUCUGCUGUGCCACCUCAACGACGCGUGCAUCAGCAACCCCUGCAACAAGGGCUCCAACUGUGACACCAACCCCGUCAACGGCAAGGCCAUCUGCACCUGCCCCCCGGGGUACACGGGGCCGGCCUGCAGCCAGGACGUGGACGAGUGCGCGCUGGGUGCCAACCCCUGUGAGCACGCGGGCAAGUGCCUGAACACGCUGGGGUCCUUCGAGUGCCAGUGUCUGCAGGGCUACACGGGCCCCCGCUGCGAGAUCGACGUCAACGAGUGCAUCUCCAACCCCUGUCAGAACGACGCCACCUGCCUGGACCAGAUCGGGGAGUUCCAGUGUAUCUGCAUGCCCGGUUACGAGGGCGUGCACUGCGAGGUGAACACGGACGAGUGUGCCAGUGGCCCCUGCCUGCACGACGGCCGCUGUCUGGACAAGAUCAACGAGUUCCUGUGCGAAUGCCCCACCGGCUUCAGCGGCCACCUGUGUCAGUACGACGUGGACGAGUGUGCCAGCACGCCGUGCAGGCAUGGUGCCAAGUGCCUGGACGGGCCCAACACGUACACCUGCGUGUGCGCGGAAGGCUACACCGGGACGCACUGCGAGGUGGACAUUGACGAGUGCGACCCCGACCCCUGUCACUACGGCUCCUGCAAGGACGGCGUGUCCACCUUCACCUGCCUCUGCCAGCCCGGCUACACCGGCCACCACUGUGAGACCAACAUCAACGAGUGCCACAGCCAGCCCUGCCGCCACGGCGGCACCUGCCAGGACCGCGACAACGCCUACCUCUGCUUCUGCCUCAAGGGGACCACAGGACCCAACUGCGAGAUCAACCUGGACGACUGCGCGAGCAGCCCCUGUGAAGCCGGCACGUGCCUGGACAAGAUCGACGGCUACGAGUGCGUCUGCGAGCCCGGCUACACAGGGAGCAUGUGCAACAUCAACAUUGACGAGUGUGCGGGCGGCCCCUGCCACAACGGGGGCACCUGCGAGGACGGCAUCGCCGGCUUCACCUGCCGCUGCCCCGAGGGCUACCACGACCCCACCUGCCUGUCCGAGGUCAACGAGUGCAACAGCGACCCCUGCAUCCACGGGGCCUGCCGGGACAGCCUCAACGGGUACAAGUGCGACUGUGACCCCGGCUGGAGCGGGACCAACUGCGACGUCAACAACAACGAGUGCGCGUCCAACCCUUGUGUCAACGGGGGCACCUGCAAGGACAUGACCGGCGGCUACGUGUGCACCUGCCGGGCCGGCUUCAGCGGCCCUAACUGCCAGACCAACGUGAACGAGUGCGCCUCCAACCCCUGCCUCAACCAGGGCACCUGCAUCGACGACGUGGCCGGCUACAGGUGCAACUGCCCGCUGCCCUACACAGGGGCCACGUGUGAGGUGGUGUUGGCGCCGUGCACCCCCAGCCCCUGCAAAAACAGUGGGGCGUGCAAGGAGUCGGAGGACUACGAGAGCUUCUCCUGCAUCUGUCCCCCGGGGUGGCAGGGGCAGACCUGCGAAGUGGACAUCAACGAGUGUGUGAAGAGCCCCUGCCGGAACGGCGCGUCCUGCCUCAACGCCCAGGGGGGCUACCGCUGCCUGUGCCAGGCCGGCUACACGGGCCGCAACUGCGAGAGCGACAUCGACGACUGCCGGCCCCAACCCGUGUCACAACGGGGGCUCCUGCACGGACGGCGUCAACGCGGCCUCCUGCGACUGCCUGCCGGGGUUCCAGGGCGCCUUCUGCGAGGAGGACAUCAACGAGUGCGCCAGCGACCCCUGCCGCAACGGCGCCAACUGCACGGACUGCGUGGACAGCUACACCUGCACCUGCCCCGCGGGCUUCAACGGCAUCCACUGCGAGAACAACACGCCCGACUGCACGGAGAGCUCCUGCUUCAACGGCGGCACCUGCGUGGACGGCAUCAACUCCUUCACCUGCCUGUGUCCUCCGGGCUUCACGGGCAGCUACUGCCAGUACGACGUGAACGAGUGCGACUCUCGGCCCUGCCUGCACGGGGGCACCUGCCAGGACAGCUACGGCACCUACAAGUGCGCCUGCCCCCAGGGCUACACCGGCCUCAACUGCCAGAACCUGGUGCGCUGGUGCGACUCGUCCCCCUGCAAGAACGGCGGGCAGUGCUGGCAGACCAGCACCCUGUACCGCUGCCAGUGCCACAGCGGCUGGACCGGCUUCUACUGCGACGUGCCCAGCGUGUCGUGCGAGGUGGCCGCGCGGGGAGCGGGGCAUCGACGUCGCCCGCCUGUGCCAGCACGGGGGGCUGUGCGUGGACGCCAACAACACGCACCACUGCCGCUGCCAGGCCGGCUACACGGGCAGCUACUGCGAGGACGAGGUGGACGAGUGCUCGCCCAGCCCCUGCCAGAACGGGGCCACCUGCACCGACUACCUGGGCGGCUACUCCUGCAAGUGCGUGGCCGGCUACCACGGGGCCAACUGCUCCGAGGAGAUCAACGAGUGCCUGUCGCAGCCCUGCCAGAACGGGGGCACCUGCAUCGACCUCACCAACACCUACAAGUGCUCUUGCCCGCGGGGCACCCAGGGCGUGCACUGUGAGAUCAACGUGGACGACUGUAACCCCCCGGCUCGACCCCGCUUCGCGGGGCCCCAAGUGCUUCAACAACGGCACCUGCGUGGACCAGGUGGGCGGCUACACCUGCUCGUGCCCGCCGGGUUUCGUGGGCGAGCGGUGCGAGGGCGACGUCAACGAGUGCCUGUCCAACCCCUGCGACGCCCGUGGCACCCAGAACUGUGUGCAGCGCAUCAACGACUUCCACUGCGAGUGCCGGGCCGGACACACCGGGCGCAGAUGUGAGUCCGUCAUCAAUGGCUGCAAGGGCAAGCCGUGCAAGAACGGGGGCACCUGUGCCGUGGCCGCCAACAUGGCGCGUGGCUUCAUCUGCCGGUGUCCUGCGGGCUUCGAGGGCGUCACCUGCGAGAACGACGCCCGCACCUGCGGGAGCCUGCGCUGCCUCCACGGCGGCACGUGCGUCUCGGGGCCCCGCGGGCCCACCUGCCUGUGCCGGGGCCCCUUCACGGGCCCCGAGUGCCAGUUCCCGGCCGGCAGCCCCUGCGUGGGCGACAACCCCUGCUACAACCAGGGCACCUGCGAGCCCGCCGCCGAGAGCCCCUUCUUCCGCUGCCUGUGCCCCGCCAAGUUCAACGGGCUGCUGUGCCACAUCCUGGACUACAGCUUCGCGGGGGGCGCGGGGCGCGACAUCCCCCCGCCGCCGGUGGAGGAGGCGUGCGCCCUGCCCCAGUGCCGGGAGGACGCGGGCAACAAGGCGUGCAACCCGCAGUGCAACAACCACGCGUGCGGCUGGGACGGCGGCGACUGCUCCCUCAACUUCAACGACCCCUGGAAGAACUGCACGCAGUCCCUGCAGUGCUGGAAGUACUUCGGCAACGGCCGCUGCGACGCGCAGUGCAACACCGCCGGCUGCCUCUUCGACGGCUUCGACUGCCAGCGCACCGAGGGCCAGUGCAACCCCCUGUACGACCAGUACUGCAAGGACCACUUCAGAGACGGGCACUGCGACCAGGGCUGCAACAGCGCCGAGUGCGAGUGGGACGGGCUGGACUGCGCGGAGCACGUGCCCGAGCGGCUGGCGGCCGGCACGCUGGUGCUGGUGGUGCUGGUGCCGCCCGAGCGGCUGCGCAACAACUCCCUGUCCUUCCUGCGGGAGCUCAGCCACGUGCUGCACACCAACGUGGUCUUCAAGCGGGACGCGCAGGGCCAGCACAUGAUCUUCCCCUACUACGGCCACGAGGAGGAGCUGCGGAAGCACCCCAUCAAGCGGGCCGCGGCGGCCUGGGCCCCGCCCGGCCACCCCCCGGCCCUGCUGCUCUCCCCCGGAGCCGCCGCCGCCACCGCCGGCAGGCGCCAGCGCCGGGAGCUCGACCCCAUGGACAUCCGAGGGUCCAUCGUCUACCUGGAGAUCGACAACCGGCAGUGCGUGCAGUCCUCCUCCCAGUGCUUCCAGAGCGCCACGGACGUGGCCGCCUUCCUGGGGGCGCUGGCCUCUCUCGGCAGCCUCAACCUCCCCUACAAGAUCGAGGCCGUGCAGAGCGAGACCGUGGAGCCCCCGCCGCCCUCCCAGCUGCACCUCAUGUACGUGGCCGCCGCCGCCUUCGUGCUGCUGUGCUUCGUGGGCUGCGGGGUGCUGCUGUCCCGCAAGCGGCGGCGGCAGCAUGGCCAGCUCUGGUUCCCCGAGGGGUUCAAGGUGUCCGAGGCCAGCAAGAAGAAGCGGCGCGAGCCCCUGGGCGAGGACUCCGUGGGCCUCAAGCCCCUGAAACAUGCCUCGGACGGCGCCCUGAUGGACGACAACCAGAACGAGUGGGGGGACGAGGACCUGGAGACCAAGAAGUUCCGGUUUGAAGGGCCAGUGGUUCUCCCCGACCUGGAUGACCAGACCGACCCCCGGCAGUGGACGCAGCAGCACCUGGACGCCGCUGACCUGCGCGUGUCCGCCAUGGCCCCCACGCCCCCCCAGGGCGAGGUGGACGCCGACUGUAUGGACGUCAACGUCCGAGGGCCAGACGGCUUCACCCCGCUCAUGAUCGCCUCCUGCAGCGGAGGGGGCUUGGAGACGGGCAACAGCGAGGAGGAGGAGGACGCGCCCGCCGUCAUCUCGGACUUCAUCUACCAGGGCGCCAGCCUGCACAACCAGACAGACCGCACCGGCGAGACCGCCCUGCACCUGGCCGCCCGCUACUCGCGCUCCGACGCCGCCAAGCGCCUGCUGGAGGCCAGCGCCGACGCCAACAUCCAGGACAACAUGGGGCGCACGCCCCUGCACGCCGCCGUCUCCGCGGACGCGCAGGGCGUCUUCCAGAUCCUGAUCAGGAACCGAGCCACGGACCUGGACGCGCGCAUGCACGACGGCACGACGCCGCUCAUCCUGGCCGCGCGGCUGGCGGUGGAGGGGAUGCUGGAGGACCUCAUCAACUCCCACGCCGACGUCAACGCCGUGGACGACCUGGGCAAGUCAGCCCUGCACUGGGCAGCUGCCGUGAACAACGUGGACGCCGCGGUGGUGCUCCUGAAGAACGGGGCCAACAAGGACAUGCAGAACAACAAGGAGGAGACCCCCCUGUUCCUGGCUGCCCGGGAGGGCAGUUACGAGACGGCCAAGGUGCUGCUGGACCACUUUGCCAACCGGGACAUCACCGACCACAUGGACAGGCUGCCCCGCGACAUCGCCCAGGAGCGCAUGCACCACGACAUCGUGCGGCUGCUGGGUGAGUACAACCUGGUGCGCAGCCCCCCGCUGCACGGCUCCGCCCUGGCCGGCGCGCCCACGCUGUCGCCCACGCUCUGCUCGCCCAACGGCUACCUGGGCAACCUCAAGCCCGCUGCGCAGGGCAAGAAGGCCCGCAAGCCGAGCGCCAAAGGCCUGGCCUGCGGCGGCAAGGACGCCAAGGACCUCAAGGCCCGGAGGAAGAAGUCCCAGGACGGCAAGGGCUGCCUGCUGGACAGCUCGGGCCUGCUGUCGCCCGUGGACUCGCUCGAGUCCCCCCACGGCUACUUGUCCGACGUCGCCUCGCCGCCGCUGCUCCCGUCCCCCUUCCAGCAGUCGCCGUCCGUGCCCCUCGGCCACCUGCCGGGCAUGCCCGACGCCCACCUGGGCGUGGGCCACCUGAACGUGGCCGCCAAGCCGGAGAUGGCGGCCCUGGGCGGGGGCGGCCGGCUGGGCUUCGAGCCGGGCCCCCCGCGCCUCUCCCACCUCCCCGUGGUCUCUUCCGGCGGCGCGGCCCUGGGCGCCGGCGGCGGGGCGGCGGUGAACUUCGCGGUGGGCGCCGGCGGCGGCCUGAGCGGCCAGUGCGAGUGGCUGAGCCGGCUGCAGAACGGCCUGGUGCCCACCCAGUACAACCCCCUGCGGGGGGGCGCCCCGGCCCCCGCCCUCCCGCACGGCAUGCUGGGCCCCCUGCACGGCGGCCUCUCGGCCGGCGCGCUCUCCCAGAUCAUGGGCUACCAGGGCCUGCCCGGCACGCGGCUGGCCGGCCAGCCCCACCUGGUGCAGACGCAGCCCCCCGCGGGGCCGCAGCCCAGCCUGCCCCCGCCCGGCCUCCCGCAGCCCCAGACCCUGCAGCCGCCGCCGCCGCAGCCCCACCUGGGCGUGAGCCCCGCCGCUGCCGCCGCCGCCGCCGGGGGGCCCCUGGGCCGCGGCUUCCUGAGCGGGGAGCCCAGCCAGGUGGACGUGCAGCCGCUGGGCCCCAGCAGCCUGCCGGCCCACACCGUCCUGCCCCAGGAGCCCCAGGCCCUGUCCACCCCGCUGCCCGCCCCGCUGGCGCCCCCGCCCAUGGCGACCGCCCAGUUCCUGACCCCGCCCUCCCAGCACAGCUACUCCUCCUCCCCCGCGGACAACACCCCCAGCCACCAGCUGCAGGUGCCCGAGCACCCCUUCCUCACGCCCUCCCCCGAGUCCCCGGACCAGUGGUCCAGCUCCUCCCCGCAUUCCAACAUCUCCGACUGGUCCGAGGGCAUCUCCAGCCCGCCCACCAGCAUGCCGUCUCAGAUCGCCCACAUUCCAGAGGCGUUCAAGUGACGCGCGCCCGCGGGACCCCGCUUCCGUCCCCCGCCCCGCGGGCGGCCGCUCCCCGCCUCCAGGAUGCCCCGGCGACCAAAGGAGCCUUUUUUAAAAAAAAAAAGAAAAAAAA